AUGAACAACGUGUACAUUGUUGAGCCUAUAGGAGUUCAUAAAGCCACUAUAGUCUGGCUGCACGACAUCGGGCUCAAAGGCGUCGACUCAGUUCAGCCUCUGCAAAGUUUGGGUCUUCCCAAUAUAAAAUGGAUUUGUCCGACUGCUCCUACACGCCGUGUUACUUCUUUGGGUGGAGAAGAAACCACUGCAUGGUGCGAUAUCACAAAAGUUUCAGAGAGCAUGCAUCAUGAUUUUGAAGCUUUAGAUAAUGUGAAUUCAUUUGUUGCUGGCCUUUUCUCUUCCGAACCAGAACAUGUUAUUAAAGGUGUGGGAGGUGUCGGCUUGGUUGCAGCACAAGCUCUCUACUUUGCGAGUAACUAUACCUUUGGAGGAGUCACCAUAAACCUAAAAAUUGUUGUAGGGAUCAACGGUUGGCUUCCUAGCUGGACACCUUGCGAAACGAUAUGUAUUCUGCCUUUGGGACUUUUGUUCGUGCCGGAUCGCUAA